AUGAUUGCCUUGAUUUGCAUUAUAGGAAUGAUAUAUUUGGUCAUUUGCUUUAUUAAUAAUCGUAGAACUAUAACUAAAUUAAUGAUUGAUAUAAAAUAUUUUGGAAAAUAUGGAAAUUCGGCCAGAACCAAAGAAGUGGACGAUAAAGCAAACUUUAUAAGCAAAUUAUUCAUGUUUUAUGGCAUUUUAGGUAACUUUAUGUAUAUGCUAAUGCCUCAGCUGAGUGUGCAAAAAUGCCACGAAACUAAAAUUGCUAGAAUGGUUGUCCGCAGUAUUUUCCCAUUCAAAUUCGACUAUACGCCAAUGUUUGAAAUCGUUUUCGUUCAUCAAAUCUACACUUGUACCAUGGUCUCGCUAAUGGUACUGGUACUGACGAAUUUAUUUUGUGGCUUUUUGAUGCACAUUGUUAACCAACUGGAGAAUCUUAGAAUUUUUAUUGGGCAAUUGCAUGAAAGUACUAAGUUCCAAGAAGAUUUUUAUUUUAUCAUACGUUAUCAUAUCCAUGUUAUAGAAUAUUCUCGAGAAACUGCUAAAGCCUUUAGUACAAUGUUACUGUUUUACAUUACACUUAUUUCAGUAAUUUUGAGCGUUUUAUGUUUUGAAGUUAUCAUGGUAGAUGCUUUUGAAGAUUCAGUACGUUUUACUUUGCAUUUGUUUGGUUGGUUGGUUAUUUUGUUUUCAGUCAGCUAUAGCGGACAACUUCUGAUAAAUGAGAGUAUCGCAGUCGCCAAUGAUAUUUAUUCAUUAGACUGGUUCGAUUUACCAGUAGACAUACAAAAAAAAAUUCAAACAAUAAUAAGACGCGCACAAAAACCUUUGGUCAUGGAUGCUGCAGGCAUGGGUAUUGUUUCAUUGCACUCCUUUUUAUCCGUAAUAAUAAUAAUUAUAAUUUACACAAAAAUUUAA